UCCCGGAUCCGAAACGUUGUGUGAACGGUGCGUCUUAACAGAAAGUUUCACGUAAAACUUUGCAGUUUGAGAGUUUUACUCUUCUCGGAUUUGGUCAUUUGCUUUCGACCGUUACAGCCUAAGCGCUCUGACACGGGAUAAAGGCUGAAUAGAGAGGACCAGAGGAUGUCUCUUCCUAAGCGGGAGGUGGAGGAGUUGAGGCCAUGGGUGGAGCGCACUGUGAAGAAAGUGCUUGGUUUCUCGGAGCCAACUGUGGUCACUGCAGCUUUGCACUGUGUUGGAAAGGGACUGGACAAAAGGAAGACCAUAGACCAGCUGCGUCCCUUCCUUGAUGACUCUGCUGGAGGUUUUGUGGAGCGUCUUUUUGAAGCACUGGAGGAGAGCCGCAGUGCCCGCGGUAACAAAGGAGCAGGAGAAAAGAACCGCAAGAGAGACCUGAAGGAUGUCUUUGGUGAUGAAGCUGACACAGGUGCAGUGCGAGAAACUCUGGAUGUAGGAGAUGGGACAGUGGCAAAGCGGAAACGGGUCCCUCGCUUUGAGGAGGUGGAGGAGCCUGAGGUCAUACCUGGACCUCCAUCUGAGAGCCCUGGCAUGCUUACCAAAAUGCAGAUCAAACAGAUGAUGGAGGCAGCCACAAGACAGAUCGAAGAGAGGAAGAAACAACUGAGUUUUGCUUCUUCAGUCCCUGCCACACCACGGUUGCCCCUUCCUACACCACAGCCACAAAUGGAAGCCUCUCCAGUGUCGCGUCUUCUUGGCUCUCCCGCUGCUGCGGCUGCGGGUGGUGCCUCAUCCAUCGCUCCCUCCCAGGCCGCCAGCUUUAUGAAUGAUGCUAUCGAGAAGGCCCGCAAGGCCGCGGAGCUACAAGCGCGCAUCCAGUCCCAGCUAGCCAUGAAGCCUGGUAUUCUUGGAGCCUUGGGGAACACUGGGCCUCACAACUUAGUGGCACUAGCGAAUCUGCACGCCAUGGGAAUUGCUCCGCCGAAGGUAGAAGUCAAGGAGGUGAACAAGCCAACACCUCUUAUUCUGGAUGAGAAAGGGAGAACUGUGGAUGCGAGUGGCAAAGAGGUUGAACUCACACACCGCAUGCCCACACUGAAAGCUAACAUUCGAGCUGUAAAGAGGGAGCAGUUCCGGCAGCAGCUGAAGGAGAAGCCUGGGGAGGACUUGGAGUCCACGUCCUACUUCGACCAACGUGUGUCUGUUACACUACCUCAGCGUCCUCGCAGGGGCUUCAAAUUCCAUGAUCAGGGCCACUUUGAGAAGAUUGCUCAGAGAAUUAGAACUAAGGCCCAGUUGGAAAGGUUGCAGAGUGAAAUUGCCCAGGCAGCAAAGAAGACAGGAAUCCAGACAUCCACCAAGCUUGCCCUGAUUGCCCCAAAGAAGGAGGUGGGAGAAGGGGAGGUGCCCAACAUUGAGUGGUGGGACUCUUACGUCCUGCCCUCCAACACAGACAUAAACUCAGACACAAAAUUUGAACAGCUGGAGCUCUUUGGUGUGACCAACCUGGUAGAACAUCCUGCCCAAAUUAGCCCCCCAGUUGACACAGAUAAGCCGGUCACGCUGGGUGUAUACCUGACAAAGAAAGAACAGAAGAAACUGAGAAGACAGACACGAAGGGAGGGCCAAAAAGAAGUACAGGAGAAGGUUCGUCUGGGACUGAUGCCUCCACCAGAACCCAAAGUGCGCAUCUCCAACCUGAUGAGAGUGCUGGGGACAGAGGCAGUUCAGGACCCAACAAAAGUAGAGGCUCAUGUCAGAGCACAGAUGGCCAAGAGACAGAAGGCUCAUGAAGAGGCCAAUGCCGCUCGCAAACUCACGGCAGAGCAGAGGAAGGAGAAGAAGAAGAGAAAGUUAAAAGAAGACAUCACUAAUGGUGUUCACAUUGCAGUGUACAGGAUCCGUAACCUGCAAAAUCCUGCUAAGAAGUUUAAAGUGGAGGCCAAUGCCAACCAGCUGUACCUGACGGGCACAGUCGUUCUGCACAAAGAUGUCAACCUUGUUGUAGUGGAAGGAGGCCCCAAAUCCCAGAAGAAAUUCAAGAAGCUGAUGAUGCACAGAAUCAAGUGGGAGGAACACAACAGUAAAAGAGAUGAUCCAGAUGGUGAUGACGAUACAAAGAGAAACAACAAGUGUUGGUUGAUUUGGGAGGGAACAGCUAAAGAGCAUAGUUUUGGGGACAUGAAGUUCAAGCAGUGCCCCACAGAGAGCAUGGCCAGAGAACACUUCAAGAAGCACGGCACAGAACACUACUGGGACCUAGCUCUCAGCCAGAGUGUGCUGGACACCACAGAUGACUGAACCCUGCCCGGAGAACAUGUAGCGUCAGUCAGCGCCCCCAGGCCAACAGCCUCACAGCCAGCGGACCCUCACUGCGAAUUGGCUGCCUUCAGCUGGGGACAGACAAACUUAAUCAAGAGACUUGAACAUAGAAAAGGAGGAACAAUAAACCUGUGUGGAUGUGUUUGAGAGAAUGUGUGACAGACCAGGGUGUGUGUAGGACAGUAUGUGUGUGUAUGCCUGCAUCAGUGUUCAUUUGUUUGGUGGUAGGCUCUUCUGUCAGAUAUUGUUAUCUGUUAUUGGAUAGAUAACAGUAUGUAAAUCACUUACCCAAGGCUUUAUGUGAUGUCAAGAAAUGGUGUCAGAUCAGAUCAUUUUAUGACUUACGUUUUGUGAUGAAAUCCCCAUGUGCACUGGUAAUAAUGCCUGUAUGAGUCAAACAGUUAAUAAAAACCGACCCAUCAAUGAAUUACUGCGCUGCUGUUUUGCUAAUACAUUUAGAGUAAACCUGGAAGAAUACGUGGCCAAUGUUAUAAUAUUGUUUUCAGACUUACUGUAGGUAUUACAGGUACAUUUCACGGCAUUUAAAGUUCCCAAAAGCUUUUUUUUUCUUUUGGAGAAAAGAGGAAAUCUUUGUCUCAUCUCUAGCUAUAUUUCGCUGUAAUAUUACAGUCACAGCCUUGAAUAAACAAACAAAC